UUGUGAAUCUCUUGUCGUUGUGUGUGAAGACAACAAAACUAAAGACUUUAUUACGCGCUGCUUUUAUUUCCGUAAGACAGAUUUUUUAUCACAGAUAUUGUGACGUUUGUUUAAAAUCCCUUUUAAAUGUUCUCAUAUCGUCGUAGCUGCACGUAAUAUCCAUUUACACACAAGUCCAUUGAGUAACGUUACUGAAUGAAUGAUGGACCCCAGUGGACUUCUGUCCAGUAACGCUUGUCUGAAAUGGGUUCAUGGAUUCAGUGAAAUGUCACCUGCGUGUUUACCCAGUAAACGUAAACGAAAUGAUGCCAGCACACUAAAUGGCAAUGAAGGAGGCAGUGCUAAUGGUUUUCCCUCCAAAGAAAACUCGAGGAAACGUGGUUUUGUCUUGAUUGAUGGCCAGAGAGGCGUGUAUCAGUCAGAGAGCUGGGAGCCCAAUGGCAGCACUCUAUACCUGCCUGUAAAUGGCACUUUAUUAGCCAACAUCGAAAAAUAUGACCAGAUCAGCUUCGAGCAGGGCUGCUUCUGCAUCGGCAAUUCAGCGGGCGGAUUUCAACAGAAAGUCCAGGGUCAAACCAUCCACUGCUGGCGAUAUAGUGAGUGCGAGCGAAAGCUUUUUAUCGCACUGUCGUACCUGUUUACAAACUUACAAGUGUUUCAGGAAGUUGUCAGCACUCUUGAAUGUCUCUGAGGAGACAGUUGACUAAAAAGCUCAAACCAAUCCUGUUAUUUAGUACGGCUUACAUAUCGAACGCUGUAUUACAUAUCGUGACAUUCAUGUGCCUUUUCAACACAUCAGUGCUGUUACAGACUGACAUGUUCUGUGGACAAUGAAAGAUAUCAGUCUUGUUUGAUAUCUAACAAAGUGUGGUUAGUUAAUCCACAUCAUUAUAUUUCAUAAAUAAGGCUACUGAUUUGUUUACCUUUCAGCCUCAGUUAUCACACACUGAACCAAAACAUAACAUUAACAAACUGUAUUCUACUUCUAAAAUGUAAAGCUUGUUGCUGAUUUUGUAUGACAUAUUUGUACUGUAUAUAUUUGCAAUAAGGUUUCAUUGGCUUAAAGGAUAGUUCACCCUAUUAAUAAAAUUGAAUUAGCUGUUACAUACACAAUGUAAGUGCCGUUUUCUUCAGUAUUAAAGAAGAUUUGUAGCUGAAUCUGUGGUCAAUAUAUGCAACAGCUGACACUUUGAGAGUCAAAACAAUAUAGAGACAAAACUAAAUUAAUACAUUUGUCACCUGACAAUGUUUGUUUCAAUUAUUUACCACAUUGUAACUAGAGCUAGGCGAUAUGGGCAAAAAAAUCAUAUCUUGGUACUUUUAGGAGAAUGACGGUAUACAACAUAUAUCCGGUAUUUUCCCAUAAAUGGUUACUCAAAGCCUUUAUUAAGACUUUAAUAAACAGUUUUUGAGCAAAAUCUAAUUCAAACACAGGGGUUUCCCGCCCUGUUAUUAUCAUCAAUAUAAUUAUCAUUAUUAUAUUGCGAUUUUUUAAAAUGUUUUUUUAUUUUUUAAUACCUGAUUUAAAUAUAUAUUUUUUUAAUUUAAAUAAUCGUUUAAACCAUAAACCGUUUGUACACUAGGCACACACAAAUCAAAUCACAUCUUCCAGUAAUGGGCUAAAAUAAAUAAAUCGAUUAAACAGAAUAAAUAAAUAAAUAAAUAAAUAAAUAAAUAAAUAAAU